UUGAUUUUUGUUUCCUAUUUCUCUAUUCCUUACUUCCAUAUCGGUUUUACAGCCUAGGAAUUGUAUAAACUACUAGUGUUUACCUAGAAAAACAGGUUUUGUGUUUUUUUCUGGGAGGAGUGAAUAUGAAAAUGACUUCCAGGGUUAAACAAAUGAUUUGAGAGUUUCUUUCUAGCAGCACCGUCAUUCACAGACUUCAAGUUAUGACAAAUCAAGGGAUGCAGAAAAGUGUUAUUGUCUAAGUGGAUUCAAUUUAACAGAGCUAAUAUCAGCUAUGUUUUACUCCAUAUGUUGUUUCAAGGGUUUCAAAACCUUCAAAAUCAUCUGUCUUCAAAAGAAUUCUUUCAUGAGAUGGCUUCACUGAGUUUUGUUCUCGGCAAAGUGAAAUCGUUCAGCAAGCAAGAGAACCUGAUUAUUGUCAAGGAACAAUGCAUUCAUCAAAACAACCCACAGAAGACAAACAAUGCCUGCCUGAAAUACAGAGGGAUGUGCAUGAAGGGCUAAAAACACAGAUCAACUCUAAAAAUGACUUAGGAGUAGAAACAGACGGUUUCAUAAGCAAAAUGGGUUUGAAACAAAUGUCGGUGAGCGAUUACAUGAGUGCUCUACACAACUACUUGGAAACACCUCCAGUAUCAAGAUCUGAUACAUCAAUACUUCAGGCUUUUUCAUAUCCUAAAAGCAUCCCUGAACUACUCAGGCUGUGUGAAGUUGAUCCAGUUGAUCUUCUGCUUGAUUUGGGCUUUGGUGUAGAUGAACCAGACAUCUGUACCAGAAUACCUUCUCGAUUUAUCAUGACCCCAUCUGAAGCCAAGGGAAUUAACAUUCGUGUAUUUUUGGAAGCUCAAAAGAAGCGCAUGGACAUUGAGAAUCCUAAUGUGUGCGGUCGUUUCCGUCAGCUCGAGGUCCUUGAACAAGUAACAAAUGCCUUUUCAUCUCUGCUAAAUGAUGUUCACGCUAUUCAAAAUGGAGGUACUGGAGAUAGAAAGGGUACCAGAAAGUCCACAUUGACUGAAGAAAAAAGAAAAAGAAUACAGCAGCUUCUCUGGAAUUAUUCUAAACAGGCUAUAAAAAAUGAACAGGACUGUAUCCAAUGUCCUAGUAAGAUAGAGCCUAAGGACAAUAAAUACGACCAGAAGAAAAUAUUGACGGAGAUGAAUAGCAACAAAGUUUUCAGAAAGACAAGAAAACGUAUACCAGAAAUUGGCAGCUUAGUAGAACAAACUGGUGACAAUACAAAUGUCCCUUCUCAAAAUCUACACCAGGUGUGUUCUGACGGUGCUGUUGCAAAACAUUAUAAACAUCUCACUGAUUUACCAACCAAGAGCAGAGUAUUCAAGGGCUCAAAAAUACUUCCUAAAAAGUUCAAGCAGAUAUCUGGACCACAUGGUCUUCAGCCCCCAGAGUCAUUUGAACUGGAAGAGGUUCAAAGCUUUGAAGAUGAAUGCCCAAAAUGGAUAUUAAAUGGCUGCAUUACUGAUGGAGAAAUGAGGAGGACAAACAGCUGCCAGUCAGACAGUAGCGGAUUUCAAGAGGACCCCUCGGAACCUUUACCUCUGCAAAAUCUACAUGAAAGUUUAAAUCUAAGUUCAGAUAGUAUUGACAGCCAAGCAACUCUCAUAGGGAAGCAUUGCUCCCUUCCCUUCCAAGAAGAAAAUAAUAACAUGACCUGUAACUUCCUUCAAGAGUCAAAGGCAAACAAAGAAACUGACCCUGAAGUAUUGGUUGGUGUUGUACGAUUAUCCCAGGAACUCAAACUAAAAGAUCAAGAAGAUGAAGUAGAUAUUGACGCUCAAGAAUUCCAAUUCCCAGUGUAUAUGACACAUUAUUUAAGCAAAGAAAUUGAACACCAAGACAAUAUCAAUCAUGAUGAUGAACAUGAUGAAAUGGGAUUAGAUAGUAAUCUAGAAAGAUGUGUAAGUGAACUUCAGGAUGCAAAUUAUACAGAAAACAGUGAUAUUACUGAUGUUGAAAUUGAUGACUACUAUGAAAGUUCAAUCUAUUCAUCAGACACAACUAGGACACCGUCACCAUUAAAUGACCAUUUGAGGUCCAGCCACCAAACACUAGCUGAUGAUGAUAGUGUAGAUUUCCUAAAGGCUGAACCAAAGUACACAUUUCAAACAGAAUUAAAUACUAAUAUUUACAAGUCUGUGACGAUUCAGAUGUCUCCAAAUUUAAUGUCAGAUUUCCAAAAUACUGAUUGCUUAAGUAGACAACAUUCUUUUUGUACUGCAAAUUCUGAAAGAAAUGGAUAUUGUGUGGAGAAUUUGAAUGCACAGAAAAAAGAAGCCUUUAGUCAAACUGAUAUGGAAAUGAGAGGUCACUGUUGCACUGACAAUCACUGCAUGGUUCAUGGAUGUUGUCUUCUCACAGAGUCACUUUCUUUUGACACUGGUCUUUGGCAUCUAAAUCAUGCCCACCACCACCAAACACUGAGAUGCAUGUGUAGUCAUUGCUGUCACUGCUGCAUUCAUUGUCACUGUCAUUGUUCAAGGUUUCCACCAAUUUAUAAACACAACAAAUCAACAAUAGAGAAAGAAUUGACUGAUACUUUGAAGUUGUUGAAAGAAUCCCUUACAAAUGUCUCAGUGCAUACAGACUGUGACUUGGAAAACAUGAAAAAAGCAUGUCAGACGUUUCGAGAUAAGUUAAUAGAAAUUGAGCAGCUACUGAUAGAACAGCAAGCUGGGUGCUGGAAUACUUUCUCAAACGAAGGAUGGGAAGAAAUUAGAAGGUUGCAUAUGUUACGUCGAAGUGUUUUGCAGGAAGUAUUGGAGCUGGAAUUCCGUUUAGGUGAAAGAGCAUGGCAUGUCAAGGAAACAAUUUCACAGCAACUUGAGCAAGUAUUGGAGGAGCAGUCAAGAUUGUAUUCGGAACUCGAUUUAAGUAAAUGGGAACCUGAAAGGAAGAAUUUUGAUCACAACUGUAACUCACAGUCUGUGAAAAACUUUGCAGCAUCAGCUGAUUAUGACAAAUUCACACAAGAAAGUCCACUGUUAAAAACAAAAUCAGUUGAAAAUGAGAAUGAAGAACUUUUGCUACCACAGAAAAGGGACUUUAGUGCUAUUUUACAAAAUAUCAAGAAAACAUUCAGAUCCUUCCACAACUCGUGAACAUUUCAUCUUUGCUAAAAAUUCUGAACAACUUCAAGCUCUAAUUAUAAUUCCUUACUAAAUUAAAAUGUGAAUUAAAUAUAUAUUGUUUUUCUAACAUUUGUUCCUAAGUUGCAUAUGUUAGCCAAAGUGACUUACUAGCAUGUAACCUGCCUAACUACCUGUGAUCCUCAACUGGGAAGGAUCAAAGACAGCACAGUUUUUCUGCAGAAAGAUCAUGUUAGACUGGUCUAGUUGACUUCUUUGGCUAUAUAACUAAAUAAAUAUAUCUAGAUUUUAAUUUACCCUUUGGCGCUAACUCACACAAUAAACCAAUUAAUAAACUACAUUGCCUUGAA